GUCUGGGAUUUUCCGGGUUGUUGUGCAAAGUGUGUGUGUGUGUGGGGGGGGGGCUCUGUGACUUCAGCCCUUGGCCAGCUUUCCGUGCACAUCUUCUUGGAAGUGUGAGCUUGCAGGCGAGGGGGGCAGGCCCGAAAGAAGCGUCUUCACAGCUGCUCUCAGGGGCGGCAGGACAGAGGAGUGGAGAAGCGCUCGGAACAGCCGGCUGCUGCUCCUGGCUCCAGAAGAGGUUUCUUUCCCGUCCGCGAUGCUGUUCGGGUGGCAUUUCUGUGCUCUCCUCUCCGGGACCUUUCUCGCCACCCAGGCUUUCCCCCAUACCAAUAUUAAAAUAAGUCAAGCCUUGCCGGAGCCCCCGCUGUCCUACGCCUGCCCUCUCUUCUGGACGGAAUACGCAGGCUACUGUUACCGGUACUUCCCCCUCAACAAAACGUGGGCAGAAGCCGACCUGUACUGUGCGGAGUUCUCCGUGGGCCUCCGGUCGGCCAAACUGGCUUCCAUCCACAGCUGGGAAGAGAAUGUGUUUGUCUAUGACCUGGUAAACAGCCGCGUGCCAGGAAUCCCCACUGAUAUCUGGACAGGACUUAAUGAUCUCCGGCAGGAGAGCAAUUUUGAAUGGACAGAUGGCUCCUCCUAUAACUACAAUUACUGGGAUGGCAGCCAGCCAGACGACGGGAUCCACUCUAAGCCGGAGGACGAAGACUGUGUGCAGAUCUGGUACAGAUACAGCAGUGCCUUACGGUCAUGGAAUGAUAACAGCUGCAACAGAGAAUUCCCGUUUGUGUGUAAAAUCCCGUCUCUGGCAGCUGAUUAGACGUUUCCCAGAAUGACCCAAGUUCUGGACUAUGUGUGCGGAGUGAAACUGAUGUACAGUCUUUCUCCAAGGUAUCAUUUUAAGCAACUCCAAUAAAUGCUGUUAUAUCUCAA